AUGGUUGUAUCCAAAUCGGACGACAAGAACUUUUUCAAAAACUUCAAGAUCAAUUACGUCGUUUAUGAUGAGGGGCACAUGCUGAAAAAUUGUUCGACUGAACGCUACAAGUCUUUGAUGAAAAUCAAAUUCUUCAACUGCGUCGUCAAGCGUUAUCCGUUUACGUCAAGCUGCAAAUCAUCCACUGCUGAUGAUGACACUUGCACCGAAGUUGCCAAAAAAUUAGUUCGACAGGAGAAAGAAUAUGCGAAGAAACGAGCUGAACAUGUCGCCGAAGAUCUUCUUUGCCUCUUGCUCGAAUUAUCAACUUUGCCUGAACGGCUUCUUCCGAAUACCGAACGCGCCUCAGUGCCAGGACAACACGACUUGCCAGCAGAUUUUCCCGAAUUCAUUGUGCUUAAAUCAGUGUUGUUGCCAAAUCCCGCGGCUCCUCGUCGGCAGCACAACGCAAGUUUUUCG